CUCUGGCUUACCUUUCGUUCGGGCAUUCGGGUCGUAAUGUUAGUCAUCAACAGGCUGAUUUGCUAGUGGUAACCACAAAGUCCGAUAGUGACGUUGUUUGCCGAAUCCGAGGCGUGCAGACUCCACGUGACCCUUAGACUUGUAGUCCUAAUCACGGGACCCUUAGUAGGUUAACCGACUAACACCAGAAAGUCUAGGUUUGUACUUGACUUAAGAACUUUGCACCAUGAAUGUCCAUAUCGACGACGGUCCUCAGCAUGAUCACAAGCGCGCAUCGUUUGUGUCGACCAAUGAGCGUUGGCGGCAACGUACACAGCAAGAGACAAGUCUGCUCGGCCUCAUCAACCCACUAUUGGCAACCAGCCUGGUAGAUACGCAGGACCAGAAAGCUCUGCCAGUCGAACAGAAUGUUCCAGAUGAAGAGAAAGAGGAGGAGUUCAACGAUGACGAUGUCGAUCUCGCAACAGAUUCCGAGGAAGGAGAAUUAGACAUACCCAAGCCGCCGCCCAAAGCCUUGACAGCAGCCCAGAAGAAGAAGCAAGAGCGCAAGGAGCGCGUUCUGUCUAAAGAUCGAGGGCCUAUUCUCCACACUUUCUCGCCCUCUGACAUUCAACCAAACGAAUCAACAGGCUCGAAAACAGAAGUGAGUUGGGACGAGGACCCGGAGAUCUUGUGCUGCUACAAUUGGUCCAGCACCGUUGAUGGCAGUAACACCAUCUUCGUUCCGGGUGCGCCCUCUAGAUGGACACCACAAGCAAUCCCUUACAUCGUUCCAGGCGACAAGGGCUUUCAUUCAACAGACUACAAUUACGUACGCCAACCGCGUGACCCAUUCUCUGCCGUCUUUCACGCCAUGACCGUCAUGAACCCAGAGUACGCUUUCAAUGACGUCGAUGUCCUCGCUGAUCGUAACAACCUACGCGUACUUCUCGAAUUUGUCCAAGGCAAGACAGUGGGCCCGUUCCGACUAGAUUUGUACCUAGUUCUCAACACGCUCGUGAUCGUUCGUCGUGAAGACAAGUUCUGGCGGCGAUCCAAUGGCACGGGAUACGGCUUUAAUUUCGAGAAACACUUCACAACACCCGCUCCGGAUAUGCCCGAUGCUACGUCUCACUACCGCGCAAUUAGAUAUCGCAUGGGUUCUCUCAGCGUCGUCUGUCGGUUUGAAGCAGACGCGUGCAUCGACCCCAUACCAGACACGCCCCUGGACCCCAAUGUUGCGGGCGUCACUCCACCUGUACCCACAGGUCCGGAUCUUAUGCAGCGUCCGAGGUUCACGUACAAUGCGCCUUUCAGGGUGCUGCAAGAAGGGAAUCUAGUCCCUAGCAACCAGAUCCUCGAGCUCAAGACCCAGGUCGAGAAACCCAACGAGUCACUUUCCUUCGGCUCCUGGCAAGACCAGCUCUGGUUUGGCCGCACCAAGCAUUUGGUCGUGGGUCGAUACGAAGCCGGAACGGGCAAGAUUUUGUAUAUCAAGCAAGACGACGCCACGGAGCGGGCAAAACGAUGGGAGGAGCGGAACCAAACGGAUCUACAGAAACUGGUCGCGCUACUAGCGUCACUGAGAGGCAUGCUGAUGAAGCAAAGGGGCCCGACGAGAGCCGCGAUCCUGGUUCGUGAGGAUCCCAGGGGUCCGGCGACGUUGCACGAGAUGCUAGACAAGAGAAAUCUGAUGAGAGGCCAGUUCUUUGAGAGAUUUUGGAUGCGGCAUGCAAGAACAAGGACGAACCUGCGGUCGGAGUCGAGAGGUGGUGCUGGGCAACCGAGCGCCAGGGGAAGGGGUGGGCGGCCUGGUGGGAGGGGAAGAGGACAGGAUGACGGGCAACGGGGAUGGAAUGCGCAGAGAGGGCAAACGAAUGGUGAGGCACACCAACCGCACGGUCUGUUGCGACAUCAUCAUUCUACCGGGUACUUUAACGCUGGUACACAUCCGGAUCCGCGACUUGAAGCUCCUAGGACAUGGUCCAGAGGUGGUGGGGGAUAUCGCGGUAGAGGAAAUGCAUCAAGACGCGGGCGAGGCGGCGCAGAACAAAGUGGAAGCUAGUCGCUUGCUCUUGUCUUGUUGCUUCCGUUACAGUAAUCUGACUUAUCAUUGAGGGUCAGCUAACGAACUUGCUCAGCAAGUCUGUCGUCGAAUCUACACAUCACAAUCAAUGUCAGGUUG